GAUCAGUAGAGAAGCUCGGAUCUUGAAGAUGGCCAAAAGUUGCCCCUUUCUAUGUCAUUUACAUGCAGCCUUCCAAUCAGAGGUGCAAGUCUUCUUUGUGCUGGAAUAUGCCUGCGGGGGAACAUUAAACAACAUCAUUUCAAAGAAUGGAAGACUACCAACUGAAACAAUCCAGUUCUACACUGCAGAGAUUAUUAUUGGCCUCCAGUUUCUGCACUCGAACGGCGUCGUUCAUUGUGAUCUGAAGCCUGAUAACAUCUUGGUGGAUAGGGGUGGACACAUUAAAAUCUGCGACUUCGGCAUUUCUGCUGAAGGACUGUUCGACAAGAAGCUCAUCUGCGGAUUGGGUGGAACCCCUGGCUACCGGGCCCCGGAGGUUUUAUUACUGGAAUGGUAUAAUGCAGGGGCUGACUGGUGGUCAUUAGGUGUGACCAUCUAUGAAAUGGCUACAGCUAAACAACCAUUUAGCCCAUCAAUCAGUGUUGUGAAGGAGUUUAUCUCAAUCAAGACUCCUGAAUAUCCAAGUCACAUGAGCCAGGAACUGCAGGACCUCCUGUCAAAGCUUCUGGAGAAGGACAAGAAGCAACGCUUAGGAGUGAAUGGCAACAUCAGGGAGCACCCAUUCUUUGCUUCAAUCAAUUGGGAAAAUCUGGAAAAGAAAAAGGUGAAGACACCUUUUCAGCCAAAAAUGCCAUUCGCAAGUGAGUUUAGUGUGAUUUCACCAGGAUUGUCCGCUGAUGCCUUCAAGAGAGAGAGGGUAGAAGAACUUUCCUAUGUGGACCCCACCUGGCAUUGGCAGGAGUAAUGCAUUCUCCUGUGCUCAUGUGACCCAACAUCAUGGUGGCCAGAUGAGCCAGUGACCAAGCCAACAUACCAUCUAUGGCAAACUGCAGCAGUUAACAUCAGAUCUGCCUGCAUUAUAAAUCUGCAACAGUCUACAGCAAGUGUCCAACCACCUACAGCAGCACCCCACUGUAUCCACCAGUUGCUUCCACAAACAACAGGAGGCAACUUGAGUCAAAGUGGCAGGUAAGUACCCCAUCUCUAUAAGGGCCUGCAUCUUCCUUGACCAUCUAUUUGAGCUGAAUUUCAUCUCCAUUUAUCUGCUUGCUUUGAUAUAUUCAUUGUUAAAACCCUGAUUAUAGGGAGCGUGGUAGGUAUAAACUGAGUUUUUAUGUAUUUGGAUUUCAUUUAUUUGUCAAUAUGUAGGAAAUCGUGUUUCAUAAUUUGUAUAGAAUGAGUUAUAUAAGAAAAAAAAACAAAAACAAAAAAAAAUUAGAUUAGAUUAUACAGAGAACAUAUAUUGUGAUGUGUGUGUGUGUGUAUAGAUAUAGAUAUA